AUGGUCGGCACUAACCUCAACCACAACCCAAUCGAUCCCACCGUCUUACAGAAGCGCAACUCACUGGACAGUAACAGUGAUAAGAGCACACAAACCCAUGAUAUGAACGAUCUGGACAUAAUCACCGAUCGAAACGUGGCUCCCUCCCCCAAAGCCAUGUGCGCUGAACUAGCUCACGAACAUGCCCUUGAGGAUCUUUACAACUCCACAGAGCACAGUUCUGAGCAGAAUCCCGUACGAGGACCCGUAUACUCCGAGAACUUUUUGGAACAUGCGACUCAGUACGAGCCUCGCAGACCCGAGGACUAA